UGGUGUUCCCCUCGUUAUCAUCUGGUACAACGUUAUGCAUUCAGAUCGAUAGACGAUGCAUAAGCUGCGAUCAAUAGACACCUAAAAGGAUCUCGGCAUGCCUGUUUUGGGCUCAGCUGCGCGGGCUGGCGUGUGGAGUCGACUAUGGAGCACUUAUGUCACAGCUCUGAAAGAACGGCCAGUCCGGACCAAGAUGAUCACUGGAGCCGUGACGACCUUAGCCGCAGAUCUUAUCGCCCAACUGGCCAUUGAGGGGAAGACAGUAUUGCCGCGGAGCGCUGACAAGGAAGGCGAUUCAGCUGAGAGAGAUAACAGUUGGAAUGCUGUCCGUACCCUUCGUCAAACAUUCUACGGCGGUGUCUUAUUCGCACCGUUGGCUCAUACGUGGCUUGAAAUCCUGCAUAAAGUGAAAUUUGGGAACGCAGCGACGACAUUGAUCGCUCGCCUGUGCCUAGACUUCAGCUUGUGGUCCCCAUUCGUAGUCUUUUGGUUCACCACCACGAUGAGUCUUCUCGAGGGUAAAUCGUUGGAUCAAAUAAGGCAAAAGUUUGAAUUGCAAUUCUUCCCUACCUGGGGUCGAGCAGUCUGUGUUUUUGGACCUGCACAAGUCAUCAAUUUGACUCUCGUGCCUUUUCAUCACCGCAAUUUUGUAUUGCAGUCGGUCGGCCUGACUUGGAACGUCUACCUCUCUUGGGUAAACAACAAGAACAACAGGACCCUUCAGACCAUCGCUGCGCCAGUGUCCACGACGGCUGCGCUGGAUGUUUGAUCGGCGUUCCCGACAUGAUAUGGAUCUCAUCCCCAAGAUUGCUGCCGGACCCCUCGUGCAGUACGUACGGCUUGAAUCGGCAGAGCAAUCGUCACGCAGCUCAGGGGCGCUCCAAGUGCAUCCUUGCAUCUUCAGGGCCCGAAAGACACUAUGCGCGACCGGGCACAAAAGAAUCGCGGCAGCCAGCAGUCUCGCUGCAUGCUGCAGCCCGAGGUUCGGCAUCGGACUCCGAGCCAAACCAGACCCGCUGUUAAUAAUAGCUAUAAUUAUGCAUAUCUGGUUUCCGAUCG